ACGAACACUCGGUUCCAUGCCGACAGUCCACACCCGUCCCUCCGCACACGAUCGCCAAAAGGUCCAGCCUUUUUCCCUUUCCGCUGGCCACUUUUCCCCUGCACGGCAGCGGCUGCACCUGCCUGACCUACCUUGCCCAGCUCGCCACGGCCGUCCCGAACGGAGAACCGAACCCACCCACCCGCCGGCACGCCUCGCCCAGCAACGGCUCGCCGCCACGGAGAAGAGGAAAUUCCUUGCGACAAGCGAGCGGCUCCUCGCAGCAGAGGACAAGUGCUCGCCUCCGCCGUCGCGUGCUUUUGAUGGGGCGAUCAGGGGGCGGGUCAGGGCUUAAGACGCGGGAGAGCGGACGCGAGGAAGCGCCCAACGGGACAGCCACGGCCGGCUCUCCUUUAUCCCCUGCUUUCGUCCCUUUUGAGGACCCAUCUUUUCUUCCAUUCUUUUGGGUCCGUGCUUGCUUGUGCCCCUAAAGAAGGAUUAAACAUUCUUUUGCACAAACGCGGCCUUGUCUUUAAUGACUGUUUGUCUUUCUGCAGGGUCUACAGGUCUACCAUUUUCUUUGUUCUAGAAUUCUAAUAUUUUUGUUGGAGCUAUAAAAAGAGUACUUUUUUGAACGAGUAGCAAGAGUAUUUUUAGAUGAAGUACUUCAGGGGCAAAUGGCAAUACGUGUUCUUGUUCCCCUGGCGGAUGCAGAGGAGCCUGAUAGGAUGGGCUCAUCUAUUUCUCUCUUGCUCUUCUUCCUCCUCUAGCUCUUAAUCUUUUUUUUCUUCACUCCCUCAUCCAUGGCAAAAAUAUAUAUUUUCGGCCGUGUUUGGAACUCAGAAAUUUCAUUGCAUUCAUGUACUUUGUUUCCCAUGGAACUCUGCCAUCGCGUGCAAUUGUGUGAAAACGGGGGUGUUGAAUCCAUGCACUUCCUUACAGAAAACGUAAAUGGUGGUUCGGUUGUCCAAGGAGCCACUUCUGCAAUAUCAACACGGUUGAGCAACUAAUCACCCCACAGAUUUUGUCUUAUGUUUUUCAAAUGUAGUUUUGAAUCUUCUGAUGCAGCAUUAAGCUUCUGGAAAGUGGAAACCCUGAAAGCUUAGCUAUCAUCAGGGCAACAAAAGGUCAUUCUGCUUAAAUUUCAUCUCAUUUAAUGUCAGGCAUAUUCCACGGAUAGAGUGAUAGUAGCAAAUGCACACACUUUAGUUAUGGAGAUUCUCUACUCCCGUUUCAACUGCUGGCUUCCACUGUCACUGUGUCAUAAAACAACCUCAUCUGGACGGGGGACAUUACAGUACAGAGAUUCUAAGUGCUCGUGUCAGAUAGAUCUAGAAACCUACCUGCACCAUUAACAACUCCAACCAGCAUCAACUACCAAUAGUUCAAGAUUAAGCUUACUCACACACAAUCUCAAAACGGAAUACAUAUUAUAUACUAAUCCCUUUUGGAUUAUCUGUCAUCGUUUCGUGUGGACCAACUGCUACUUACUGUUUCGAUGCUGAAAUCUCUUACACAAGUUUGGUAGGCAGCGUGCUUGUAGUUUAUAUUUUCGAUGUGUUGUCAGUUUGGUAACACGAGGGUUGGCUGUAUUAGAGGUGGAGGCAGAAGGCAUUGCAGUAAUCUAUUCCCAUAAUCUCACUCCUACCACAUGUCAAGGUUGGGGUAGAAGCCUAAUUCGGGCACAAAUAACCAAACUGGUUCAAAAGUUUCGCUUUCCCUGGUUUCUCUAGCUGCAAAAACAAAGAAACCGGGAGGAACAAGAUUUUCAGACGUGGGCAUGCCAAAAGGUCAAGUGGUUAACCUACUGUAUUUAUCCAUCACAGCAAGGAGCCGAGGGAAGGGAAAAAGCUACGUGUGGCGUUUUCACGAGAUGUCACAGUCAACGACCUUUUUGCAGGCUCACCACUAGCGUCUCGUCGGUGCUGCUUGUGCUGCGUAUAUACACAUACACAUCUACUCAAUGGGGGUGGCUGCAGAGUAGUUUAGAGAGAGAGAAGACUUUCCUUUCCUCUCCAAAUGGCUGAAUAGUUCUUGACCUGAAGAGUGAAGGGAAGUGGUGGUAGAUGGAUGGCACUGACUGCUGUGCUGCAUAGUGCAGGGUUUGUUGGAGCUUAGCGUGACUUCAGAAGACACCAUUUCUUUAUUCUUGGAUCAUUUGGAGGUUCUUGCUUGAUUUUGGCUUCUUCUCUCCUGCCUCUGAGUUUUGAGCUCCGUGCACCAACGAAUCUCUUUUGCGUUUUGCAGCUAGUUCUUGAUUGGUUCUCGAGUUGCGCCGAGGGAAUGGAGGUGGAGGCACCGGAGAAGAAGGGGCACAGAGCUUUCGCCAAGCCUGUGAAGUCUUUCAGUUCUUCAGAACGGCACAAGCGGUCCAAGAGUUAUUUUGAGGACAUAUAUGCUAAAGAUGCUUUGCGCUCUUCAGACAAGACAUUUGCUCUGCCUAAGCCGGAAGUUGUAAAAGCUAUGGUAAAAAGUGAUGUCAAGAAGGAAGUGCAAUCUGGGAGGGGGGCACAAAGUACCUUGAGAAAUGAGAUUCUGCAACUAGAGAAGCACCUCAAGGAUCAGCAGGUUGUGCGUGGCGCCCUGGAAAAAGCAUUGGGGCCUAACGCUGCUCCGGUCAACCUGUCAUCUGAGAAUCCAAUGCCAAAGGCCGCUAGUGAACUGAUAAGGGAGAUUGCCACAUUGGAGCUAGAGGUGAAGAACAUGGAGCAGUAUCUCCUUACUCUGUACCGGAAAGCGUUUGAGCAGCAAGCACCCACAUUUUCUCCUCCUGAUCGCCGGGAAUCAUCAAAGCCGUCAGUGAGCUCGCAGUUCGGGCAGCUCAGGGAAUCGGCCAUUGAUAAGAAGCCUUGCAAGAGUAGAGGUGAUGCAGCUAUCCGGUCCAGCUACCCGCCGCCGCAUAAGAAGUGGAAUGAUCCACUGACAGAUUGUUGUGCAUCCGCUUGCGCUGAUAGAGCGAUUGAUUCUGAUGUCCUCCGCUGCCAAUCUGCAUUGUCGUACCGCGGAAUUUGUUCAUCAAGGAUACUGCCUUCAGAGGAUGAUAGUCUUGCGAGGGCUCUUCGUUCAUGCCACUCACAACCUUUCUCAUUUCUAGAGCAGGAAGGAGAGAGUGGUGCAUCGGGAAUGAUAAGCUUAGCAGAGUAUCUGGGGACUAAUGUUGCUGACCACAUCCCUGAAUCUCCAAAUAACCUGUCAGAGGAGAUGGUGAGAUGCAUGGCCGGGGUAUACUGCAAACUUGCAGACCCUCCCUUGGUUCACCAUGGUUCCUUGUCUUCACCGACAUCGUCGUUCUCCUCAACAAGUGCGAUAUCUCCACAGUAUGUGGGGGACAUGUGGAGUCCCAACUACAAACGAGAGACUACUUUGGACUCCCGUUUGAUAAACCCAUUCCAUGUCGAGGGUUUGAAGGAGUUCAGUGGACCGUACAACACAAUGGUUGAGGUUCCACUGAUCAGCCGUGAUAGCCGGAGGCUGAAAGAAGUUGAGAACCUGCUCCAGACAUACAAAUUGAUUUUGUACCGGUUGGAAGCCGUUGAUUUGAGGAGAAUGACAAAUGAAGAAAAGAUAGCAUUCUGGGUGAACAUACACAACGCCCUGCUGAUGCAUGCUUAUCUGCAGAAUGGUGUCCCGCAGAACAAUCUAAAGAAGACAUCGCUACUUGUUAAGGCUGCCUGCAAAAUUGCUGGACGCAACAUCAACGUAGCUGUGAUCCAGAGCAUGGUUCUUGGAUGCAACACACAUUGUCCCGGACAGUGGCUACGGACUCUGCUUUACCCAAGGAUCAAAAGCAAAGUGACCAAAGUGGGGCACGAGUGGCGAGCCUUUGCCGUUGCACAAUCAGAGCCUCUUUUACGCUUUGCGCUUUGUUCAGGCAGCCAUUCUGAUCCGGCGGUGAGAGUGUACACUCCGAAGCGGCUGUUCCACCAGCUGGAGGCCGCCAAGGAGGAGUUCAUCCGGGCGACGGCCGGCGUGUGGAAGGAGCAGAAGCUGCUGCUCCCGAAGGCCGUGGAGGCGUACGCCAAGGACGUCAAGCUCUCGCCGCAGGGCCUCGUGGACAUGGUCCGGCGCUACCUCCCGGAGAGCCUGAGGAUGGCCGUGCAGAGAUGCCAGCAGGGUGGCAGGUCUUCGGGCAAGGUCGUGGAGUGGGUGCCGUACAACCCGAGCUUCCGGUAUCUGCUUGCCAGGGACCUGGCGUUUCCUCACCUCAGCUGAUCCCGUCAGACCAUGAGGAUGUUCCAGUAGGUUGUGAUAAACUGAGGAUCGGAUCUCUAAAAAAAAAAAACUGAGGAUCGGUUAAAUUGAACUAGUAUAUGCGUGUAUCAUAGGAUUAGAGAGUUUGAGAAGAGCUGUGCAGAUUGUCUUGUGUGGUAGUAUCAGACUACCAUUGACGCCGUGUAAAGAGGUACUCGUUUUGUAGAUGAACAGGAGAUAGGGGAAGAAAUGAGAGGAAAUAGCCUUUGCAA